AUGGGAAUAUCUGAACAUUAUUUGCGUGUACAUGCCUUUAAGUAUAGCCAUACUAAGGAGCAAACAACUUUUAUUUCUGAAACUAUAGGAGAAUACAAAGUGACCUUGCUGAUAUACAGUGGUCUUCCUGAUCCUGUUUGGACGAUUGGUUCUCAAAAUGAGAAGUUUCAGCAAAUAAAAGAGCUUCUGGACAACGCAAGAGCCAAAGGCAACAUCUUCGGUUACAAAAAUAUUCCUCCUCUUCUUGGGUUCAGAGGUUUCUUAGUACAACAAUCAGGAGCACAUGGAGAAGAACUGAUUUUAGGUAAAGAGACAGGUGACCUGCAAAAGCUGCUGCUUGAUACAAUGCCAGAAGAGUCGAUAAAUGACAACUUGCGCCUGAAAAUUUUGCAGGCCAUUGAUUUAGGAGCUGUCUCGCCUAAAGAGCCUGAUGCGACCCAAGAUUCUUUGGCUCCAGUUAGUUCCCAAGUUCCCAGCAAAGAAGACAAAGGCGGUGUUGGGGUGAUACAACACUAUGCACCUAAAUAUAACCCGGAUAGGUGGAACAAGAUCCAAGUGAUCCUCCAAAAUAACAACUGCUACAACUACGCAAACCAAAAAAUCACCAACAGCUUCGCUCAGCCUGGAUAUGCCAGCGGCUAUAAGCCGUUCCCCUAUCCCAUGACUCCAGGAGACGUGAUUAAGGCCUGCGAAAGUGACGGCUUAGUAACGAUGGAUGUGGAUCCAAGUGCUCCUUGCCCCAAAGCACCACCACAACCAAACUGCUUAAUAGCCCUUUUUGUUGCUGAAAGUAAGAAAAUUAUCACUUUUUGAUUCUCCACUGGGGCGGGGCUGAGGCUGAGUGCGAGUGAGUGAGAUUGACCAUAAAGAAUCACUUUUGUCUCCUCCUCAACUCCCUAUACUUCCAUGACACGGUAGAAACCCGUGAGAACAAUUUGCAUUUUCCCAAGUUCUUACAUAGGUGGUAAUAAUACUAAUUUAGGCUAUUUGGGUUCUUACUUGCUGAAGAAAAAAAAAACAUAUUUUAGCUGAGAGAAAUUAGGGGAAUUCAGAUUGUGUUGAAAAUUGUAUUACUGUAUCAAUGACAAUUUUAUUUGAUUUUCAAAAUUGGCAUUUACAUUACAGUCGAAGUGAUAAGAGUUUAGAAAAUAAGAACCUGUUUCAAAUUUUAGGCUGAAGAAGUUUUUGUAUAGAGAGGGCCUAACUGGCCAACUGUGUACCGUUAUCAGUUUCGAAGCUUCUUGUACUAAUUUCGUCUUCAAAAAAAUGAAUGGAAACCUCACACUAUCAUGGACUGUAAGCUAAUUAACGAGCACUUUCGUAAUUUCGAAUGGUGGGUGUUAACCACGCUGAUAAUACAUUAAUUUGCUUCGAAAGGCGCUAACUAGUGCGGCCUCUUGUAAUCAGUGGUAUUGAGUUUUGUGCAAUUAUCGACAGCAAUUAAUAGCGAAAAGUAUACUAUACUUAUGAAGCAAAAAGUCUAAACAAAUCUUUUUGGUACUUUAUUUCUUUAUUUUUAGACGUGGAUUACCAUUGUUAUCGCUUGGAUGACACUAAUCCCCCAGGGGAAUGGUCUCAGAAACUUGGAGGAACACCUGUCACUAACCUUGACGGAAACGGUAACAAGAUCACUGACCCAAGGAAAGCUGUCAAUCUGCCGUAUGGUCCCGAUUACACGUUUGCUACUUUCAUGAAGAUCUUUACAAAUAUUAUUGAUGGACCGACUAGCCCAUAA